GCAUGACAAUCAGAUAAGAGGUUCAAUUCCACCUGUUUUAGCAAAUCUCACGAAACUGCGUCUCCUAAUGCUCCAUGACAAUCAAGUCUCCGGUGAAAUACCAAGGCAAAUAGAUGGGUAAUCUUGUGAGCCUGAACUUGUCAAACAAUUACUUAGUUGGUCCUAUCCCUUGUGAAAUAGGUCACCUUAAGCAUUUGCUUAAAUUAGAUUUGUCCAGCAAUGACCUUUCCGGACCAGUUUCCUUCAGUCCAGCUAACUCAUCCAUACAAAAUCCUAUGAAUAAUUUUUCAUCUCAGCCUACUGCAAAAGUAAACUUAGAAAACAUAAAUAUGCUAUCAUUAUCCCAUAAUAACUUAAGUGGUCCCAUUCCCAAAGAUAUAGUGAAAUUUUUCGACCUACAACACUUGGACAUAAGCCAAAACAACUUUUCAGGUUCUAUCCCAAGCAAUAUAGGUAACCUGGCCAAACUCACUACCUUGUACCUUUACCAUAACCAACUUUCUGGACGCAUUCCUCGAGAACUAGGUUAUUUAGUGAACUUAGAGGACUUGAGGCUCAACAACAACACACUAUCUGGUUCCGUUCCAAGCAAUUUAUGGAAUUUGACCAAACUCGCUACCUUGCACCUUCACCGUAACCAACUUUCUGGACACAUUCCUCUGGUUUUGGGAUAUUUGGUGCACAUAGAGGACUUGCGGCUCAGCUACAACACACUAACAGGUUCCUUUCCAAGAAAUUUGUGUAAUUUGACCAAACUCAAGAUCUUGUACCUUGGCCAGAACCAACUUUCCGGAAAAAUUCCUUGGGAACUAGGUUAUAUGGUGAAUUUAGAGGACUUUCAGCUCAGUUUGAACAACCUAACAGGUCCUAUCCCAAACAGUUUAGGAAAUUUGACUAAGCUCACCUUCUUAAACCUUAAUUUCAACCAAUUUUCUGGACACAUUCCUCAAGAAAUUGGCGAGUUAAUGAAUCUGGAAAUGUUUGGAGUUUCUUUGAACAAUCUAUCUGGUGCAUUGCCAUCGGAUCUUUGCGCGGGAGGCCGACUACAGUUUCUCACCGCUAAUGGCAACAACUUGGUUGGACCCUUGCCAACAAGCUUGCUAAGUUGCAAAAGCCUAGUCAAACUUCGUCUUGAAGGAAAUCAGCUUCAAGGAGAUAUCUCCGAGAUGGGGCUUCACCCGGAUCUUGUCUAUGUUGAUAUCAGUUCAAACAAAUUAUUUGGUCAAUUAUCUCAUCGCUGGGGUGAGUGUUACAAACUUACAAUGCUACGUGCCUCAAACAACAACAUUACUGGAGUCAUACCACCAAGCAUAGGGCAGUUAUCUCAGUUGGGGAUACUUGAUGUUUCAUCAAAUAAACUUGAAGGGCAGAUUCCACUGGAGAUUGGCAAUUUAACGUUGCUGUUCAACUUGAGCCUGGGUAAUAACCUGCUCCAAGGAAGUAUACCUAAAGAUAUUGGAUCGCUAAAGAAUUUGGAGUACUUAGAUUUAUCAUCAAACAACCUAAGUGGGAUGAUACAAGGGUCAAUUGAACAUUGUCUCAAGCUUCACUUCCUGAAUUUGAGCCAUAAUCACCUCAAUGGCAGCAUACCAAUCGAACUAGGAAUGUUGGUAAACCUACAAGAAUUGUUGGAUCUAAGUGAUAAUUCAUUUGCUAGUGUCAUUCCGAGUCAGCUGGGUGGUUUGAGCAUGCUCGAAGUUUUGAAUCUUUCACACAAUGCUUUGAAAGGUAGCAUCCCACCAUCAUUUCAGCGCAUGCUCAGCCUCCUAUCCAUUGAUGUGUCAUUCAACAAAUUGGAAGGGUCAGUGCCACAGAGUAGAUUGUUUGAAGAAGCUCCAAUCCAAUGGUUCAUGCAGAAUAAGAAAUUGUGUGGUGUAGUGAAAGGUUUGCCCCCUUGUGACCUUAAUCAAAGUGGUGAACAAAAAAAGAAGCCCAGAGCUAUUUUACUAGCUAUAAUACCUGUUGUUGUAUCUUUUCUGUUUAUCAUGGCACUAGUACCUUUGCAAUGUAAAACAAGGAAAUCCAAGGUGGAAAGCGCAAAUGAAUUGCAACAGACAAAUCUGUUUGCCAUCUGGAACUUUCAUGGAGGAGAUAUGUACAGGCAAAUUGUUGACGCCACAGAAAAUUUUAGUGACGCUCACUGCAUUGGAAUUGGAAGUAGUGGGUCAGUAUAUAGAGCUCAGUUACCAACAUGCGAGAUAUUUGCAGUAAAGAAGAUUCAUACAAUAGAAGAUGAUGAGCUAUUUAAUCGUGAAAUAGAUGCCUUGAUGCAUAUUCGGCAUCGCAAUAUUGUGAAGUUAUUUGGCUACUGUUCUGCUACUCAAGGAAGAUUUCUUUUGUAUGAAUACAUGGAACGAGGAAGCUUAGCAGCAUCUUUAAGGACCAAGGAAACUGCAAUAGAGUUGGACUGGACAAGGAGGUUAAAUAUUGUUAAGGAUGUGGCCCAUGCUUUGUCUUACAUGCAUCAUGAUUGCUUUGCGCCGAUAGUCCAUAGAGAUAUAACAAGCAACAACAUUUUGCUUGAUCUGGAAUUUAGAGCAUGCAUCUCUGAUUUUGGUAUUGCCAAAAUAUUAGAUGUGGAUGGGUCAAACUGCACAAGGCUUGCCGGGACAAAAGGAUAUCUUGCACCAGAGCUUGCAUACACAACAAGGGUGACGGAGAAGUGCGACGUAUACAGUUUUGGAGUGCUCGUGCUCGAGUUGUUCAUGGGACAUCAUCCGGGUGACUUUCUUUUGUCCCUCUCGUCCAUGGACAAGAGAAGUACAAUACCCAAGGAUUUGCUGGACACCCGGCUCCCAUUCCCUAAAGCUGAGAUUGCAAAUGAAAUAUUCAAAGUGAUUGCCAUCGCUAUUCGGUGCAUAGAACCUGACCCAUCACACCGUUCGACAAUGCAGGAUGCAAUCAAGGUGUUCUCUCCAGAUGAAGGGCCCGGUAAUCUUGAUUACCUGCACACUGACAUCGUCAUCCUUGCUUGUGGUCUUGAAUGUUCUUAGCACAUUGGUGUUCCUUAUGUUGCACCUUUUGAUCAGAUACUAUAAUUAGUCAUUUCGAUCAUAGAUUAUUUUGGCUUUACCCUAAAAGAUUGUACAGUAAGACUAGUAUACUAAGCUGAUCAGUCCUAGUUGGUUGGGUAUUUGCUACUUCUAAAUAUUUGUAUAGCAAUGCAGAGAAACUUUUUGCUACUAGCUACUAGCUAGCUGUAAAUAUUUAUAUAGCUGACUCGUGCUAUUUGUUCAAAAGAACAAAUAAAUAUUCCAUUUGCAUCCUCUAUUGGAAGAACUAGGAGCCCAUUCAAGUAUUCAACUGGUUAUUUCCUAUAUCUUCACCGUCAUGGCCUAGGCCUACUUUGUUGCCAGACGGUGAGCUCACUCACGCCCUUGGAAAUGCUCAUUAUGAAAUGGCGUCCUACUGGUCAUUUCUUCUAGUGGAAUUCAGAUCGACUUAAUCUAGUCUGCAAAUUGCUACAGGUAAGCGAUUGGAAUUUGAUUGUUCAGGUAGAUAUUGAUCUGCUACCAGCCUACCAUAAAGAAUGGACUAUUUUUUUUUACUGUUAUUACACUUUUAGCAAUUUAACAUGUGCAAGUUUUCAGAUUUACACUAGCUUAUAUCACAUUAGGGCGUCUCCAGUGUAUGUCGGCCAUAAGUCUCAAAAGGUGGACCUUAGAGUACUUUACACAUGAGGAGAUCGACUCUAAGGCAUCUCCAUUCUCCAAUGUGGGCAUAAGGUCGGCCAUAAGGCACCUUAAGUCAACCUUAGGCGACUUUAGACAUUGUGCGCACAAGAAUCAGCAGUGCCUAUAACAACCCGAAAAAUACCUCAUAACUACCACAAAAAAUACACCCCAUCUGGAAACAUAUAUACAAAAUAUGGCUCAAUUGCACAAUAUAUCUAGAAUUUAAACUCAAUGCUUAACAUCCAACAAAAUAUAUAAAACAUGAGAAAUACUACAAAUAACAGUAUUGAGAUACAAA